ACUGAUUCCCUCGCCACUAUGGUAGAGUAUUUGCGCUCGGCAUCCGAUGCCCUACCUUUCCUCUCGUCUUCCUUAUCCCCCGGCACAAUAUCAUACGAAACUGCUCUGCUCUGCGUCGAAUAUCAUACUCCGUGUGACCCUCUUCCUCGGCUCCCCUGUUCCUCUUUCUCUCUCUCCCGAAGCUCCGUGGCGCGCGCGAUGCAUGACUGGGCGCCGGCGAUCAUAGCAACGGCGCUCUUCGCCCUGCUGUGCCCGGGAGGGAUCCUCCAGCUGCCCGGCCGGCAGCGGACGGUCGACUUCAUGAACCUCAGGACCAGCUGCUUGUCCAUCCUCGUCCACGCCGUCAUCUACGCUGUGCUGCUCAUGCUCUUCGUCGUCAUCUUGCAGGCUCAUCUCUACGUCUGAUCUUACCUUAUCUUACUUACUGUGUGUGCGCGCUUCAUGGUGCUUUUGUUCUCUCUCUGCUUUUCUUAUGUACUCGAGUAUUCGAGCUUGGUUUAGAAAAACUAGGAUGCUCGGAGGAUGCAUGAUUCUGUUUUCUUCGUGCGUGUUGCUGAGCUUCCGCUUUGCUCUUAGUAAUAAAAGAGCUAUGAAACGGUGAUUAUUUUUCAGA